UUAUCGCCUCACUAUUCAAUCCCCCCAAUUCACUUCCCAAAAUAUUCAAGCUCAAUCUCAAAAUAAAAAACAAUUCUUCCAAUUCAACUUAUAUAUUGUAUUCCAACGACAGAGGAUUUUCCGACAGGCUUCAAUCCCGUAAUCCAAUCUUCUUAUUCCCCCUUUCCACUCUCCCACGCCUCACCACCGUUUCCCCAAAAGGGUCCUUUUUAUCUUUGGAUUUUAGCCUCAGAUUCUGCAGAAAAAAUCGAUUAAAGGCAAGAGCUUGAGAUCAUUACUAAUUCAUGUUUUUUUUUGCUUGAACCGUACUCAUGGACUCCCCUCAAUCGGUUGUUUCACCCCUCAAGAGCUCUUUCCUGGAGUCUGAGAAGCAGCAUAUGACAGAAAAGUCGAGCCUCUUCACAAGGGAGAUCAAUUCCCAGAGGAAUGGAAGUGAAGUUGGUAACGUGGAGGAGUUUCUCGGAGCUCUGAAGGUGUACAUACACCAAGCUCGGGAUAUCCACAACAUAUGCAUCUAUCAAAAACAAGACGUCUAUGCUAAGCUCUGUGUGACUAGUGAUCCCGAGAAGACAGUCUCCACCAAGAUCAUCAAUGGUGGUGGGGCAAACCCUGUUUUCAAUGAGAAUCUCAUUCUCAACGUUCGCAAAGUUGAUUCCUCCCUUAAAUGUGAGAUAUGGAUGCUAAGCAGGGUGAAGAAUUAUCUUGAAGAUCAGCUUCUCGGGUUUGCUUUGGUGCCUAUAUCUGAAGUCCUCCUCAACAAUGGUAAGUUGGAAAAGGAGUUCUCCCUUUCCUCAACCGAUCUCUUCCACUCACCUGCGGGAUUCGUUCAGCUGUCCGUGUCGUAUGAUGGAGUGCCGCCUGAGGUCAUUCCAAUCCCGGCACCGCUCACGUCUGCGGAGAGUGAUUCAGUGACCAAGGACACUGAAUCUGCCAAGUCUGUUCCUGAUGACAUGGACAAGAUUGAGUUCCCUGACCCUAAUGUCGCAAACGAGAAUCACCAGAUGGUCGAGGAAUAUUUUGGGAUGCCAUGUAGCAACAUGGACUCACCGAGUUCAGGCAGCUUGGUCAGUUCCGAUACUGAAAAUCAGGUGAGCUCCGAGGCUGAGGUUCAGCAUGGAGAGAGUUUCUCGGUGGGAACUGUGAGCUCGAAACCUUUGCCAAAGGUUGAUUCUCCUCUGAGCUGUGCAUCAACGGAUGGAGGUUCGUCUGCGUCAGCUCCCGUGAGUUUUCAGUCUUGUGAGACUCCGAAAGAUUCAAAAUCUCAGGGCGAGGAACUCGUUUCACCUCCUAAAGACAAAUCCAAGGAAAAAACUGCAAACAGCGACAGUAAUGCUUCAGGUGCGGUGUCGAGUGAUACGCCUGCAAAACCGGUUGUGACAGUGCCGGAGCCGAAGGUGGUUCAGCAGGACAUAGUGGAUAUGUACAUGAAGAGCAUGCAGCAGUUCACUGAAUCCUUGGCCAAGAUGAAGCUUCCGAUGGACUUUGAGAACGGGCCGACCAGCUCGGAGAAUUCAACGAGCUCUGAGCAGAAGACUCCAGGAUCGAAGAACUCGGGCUCUCGUGUGUUUUAUGGAAGCAGAGCUUUCUUCUGAGCAUGCUGCUGAGGCUCUCCCAAGAUACACAAGGUGAGUUUAGUGAUUAGAAUGGAGACUAAUGCUAGUAGUAGCAUUUUAAAUGUAAUGUAACCUGGUGUUUGGGACUUUAUCUGGCUAUGUAUUAGAGAUUAUAAAAAGGGAUACUACUGACUUGUAUGUUGUAUGAGUCUUGUGUCAUCUGAGUUAAUUGUGAUGUACAUUUGAGACACCACCACUCCCUAUUAGUCUAUUUUCAACUGUUUUUUGCA